AUCACGUUUGGAACAGAGGAAGGAGGAAGCAAGCACCGAGAGAGGAGAACCCGAGGAGAAGCAGCUCGACUCUCAUUUUACCUCGUCUUACCUUCCACCUACUUUACCCGAGGAAAAUCAUGGCUCAAGCAGACAUUGCACUCAUUGGGUUGGCCGUCAUGGGCCAAAACCUCAUCAUGAACAUGAACGACCAUGGCUUUGUGGUCUGCGCUUACAACAGAACCGUCUCCAAGGUGCACGACUUCCUGCAGAACGAGGCAAAGGGCUCGAAGGUGGUUGGAGCCGAGUCCCUGGAGGACAUGGUGUCCAAGCUGAAGAAGCCCAGGAGGAUCAUCCUGCUGGUUAAGGCUGGACAGGCAGUGGAUGACUUCAUUGAUAAACUGGUUCCUCUGUUACAAGCCGGAGACAUCAUUAUCGACGGAGGCAACUCCGAGUACAGAGACACGACUCGGCGGUGUAAGAGCCUGAAAGAGAAGGGCUUGCUGUUCGUUGGGAGCGGAGUCAGCGGUGGAGAGGAGGGAGCUCGCUAUGGCCCCUCGCUCAUGCCUGGGGGACAUAAGGAGGCCUGGCCGCAUAUCAAAGACAUCUUCCAGAGCAUUGCUGCUAAGGUUGGGACAGGAGAGCCCUGCUGUGACUGGGUCGGAGACGAGGGCGCGGGUCACUUUGUGAAAAUGGUCCACAACGGCAUCGAGUACGGAGACAUGCAGCUGAUCUGCGAGGCCUACCACCUGAUGAAGGACGUCCUGGGGAUGGAUCACGACGAGAUGGCGAAGGCGUUCGACAGCUGGAACAAGACGGAGCUGGACUCCUUCCUGAUCGAGAUCACGGCCAACAUCCUUAAAUACAAGGACGCCGACGGGACGCACCUGUUGCCCAAGAUCCGCGACAGCGCCGGACAGAAGGGCACGGGGAAAUGGACGGCCAUUUCAGCCCUGGAGUACGGCACACCCGUCACUUUAAUCGGGGAGGCCGUCUUUGCCAGAUGCCUCUCCUCUCUGAAGGAAGAGCGGGUCCAGGCCAGCCGCAGCCUCUCCGGCCCCCAGGGGGUCAAAUUCGACGGCAACAAGGCCGCUUUCCUGGAGGACAUUAGGAAGGCUCUCUACGCCUCCAAGAUCAUUUCCUACGCGCAGGGCUUCAUGCUGCUGCGGCAGGCGGCCAAAGAGUUCGGCUGGACGCUCAACUACGGCUCCAUCGCCCUGAUGUGGCGAGGAGGCUGCAUCAUCCGAAGUGUUUUCCUCGGCAAAAUCAAAGAGGCGUUUGACCGAGACGCUGACCUGCAGAACUUGUUGCUGGACAAUUUUUUCAGCAAUGCUGUGCAAGACUGCCAGGAGUCAUGGCGCAGAACGGUCUGCGCCGGCGUCCAGCACGGCAUCCCGAUGCCCUGCUUCACCACGGCUCUGUCCUUCUACGACGGAUACAGACACGACAUGCUGCCUGCCAACCUGCUGCAGGCCCAGAGGGACUACUUUGGCGCUCACACAUACGAGCUGCUUUCAAACCCCGGGCAGUACAUCCACACCAACUGGACGGGCCACGGCGGAAACGUCUCCUCUUCCUCCUACAACGCUUAACAACCACCGUCACCUGGUGCAAAAAAAAGAAAAACAAACAAAC